AUGGCUCGUCUCUUCAAUUUACUGUCUUCAAUUCCUCGCAAGAUGAAAAGAUCUGUGAAAUUACUCCGGAAGAAACCGACCUCCAAUGCAUCCACAGAAUUAGUAAAUCAGCACCCCCACCAACAACAGCCUCGGGAUGACCAGGUUCCCGUGCCACCGCAAGAACCAUUUGUGGCUUUCCAGAAUGAGGUUGAGAACAACGGGGGCAAAGUCGUAUCCAAAGACGAGUCGGGGACGCCCGAGUCCAAAUGGGUCAUCUCCAUCAAAGAGAACCUGGAGCAAGCUUGCCAGGACAACGAGGCACGCUCUUGGCCAAAGCUCUCCAUUUACAAGAUCCCGAAGUAUCUCAGGGAUGGCCAAGACAACGCCUAUGUCCCCAGGAUCGUCUCCCUCGGGCCGUACCACCACAAUGAACCGCAGGUCCGUCAGAUGGAACGGCACAAGUGGCGCUGCCUCCAACGCAUGCUCACGCGCAACAGUCAUAAAGUAGGCCCCUAUCUAGACUCUAUGAAGGAGGUCGAGGAGAAAGCUCGCGGCUGCUAUGAAGGGCCAAUAGACAUGACCAGCGAGAAGUUCGUGGAGAUGAUGAUUCUCGACGGGUGCUUUGUGAUCGAAAUUUUUCAGGGAUAUGCCAAGGGGUUUGAGAAUCUCGGCUACCCUCCCAAUGACCCUAUCUUCUCGAUGCGGGAAUCGAUACUUCAGAUCCAGCGAGACAUGAUCAUGCUCGAGAAUCAGAUCCCGCUCUUCAUACUCGAUCAGCUGCUCCAACUCAGCGAGCCCGACCAGAAGAGGUGUGUGCCCGAUCUUGCACUAGAGUUCUUCGGCCCUCUAAAGCCCACUGGCGACCCUCAGACCAAACCUAGUAGCAACAGCCAGGAGUUCGCCCAAUUACCCGACCAUGGGAGGUUCCAUUGCCUUGAAGUGUUCCGGCUGAGCCUCCUGGGGUCGGGCCCGAGGCCAGAGUCAAUGGCACAGAUUCGGCGUUUGGAGAGACCGCAACAACUCAUUCACUCCGUGACGGAGCUUCGGGAAGCUGGGAUCAGGUUCAAGAAGAGUGAGACGGGCGGGUUAUGGGACAUCAAGUUUGAAGGUGGGACACUCUGGAUUCCCCAGCUUCUGAUCCAUGAUGGGACGAGGUCGCUCUUCCUCAACUUGAUUGCCUUUGAGCAGUCUCACAUAGAUUGCAGCAACGACAUCACCUCAUACGUAAUCUUCAUGGAUCACUUGAUCAAUUCUGCCGAGGAUGUCAGGUACCUCCACAAGUGCGGGAUCAUCGAGCCCUGGCUCGGGAGCAAUGCCGAGGUUGCUGACCUCAUCAACCGACUUUACCAAGAGGUGGUCUUCGACGUCCAUGGCAGUUAUCUCUCUAAACUAUGUGAGGAGGUGAACCGACACUACCAGCGCAGGUGGAAUACAUGGAAAGCCGGUCUCAAGCACAAAUACUUUAGUAAUCCCUGGUCAAUCUUUUCCUUCAUUGCUGCUUCAGUUUUGCUUGUGCUUACUUUAGCACAAACCUUCUAUGCAGUCUAUGGUUACUAUAGGCUGGGUUCUUGA